AUGCUUAAUGUUAUUAGUGGUAUUAUUAUUGAUGCUUUUGCGGAUUUGAGGGAUGAAUAACAUUAGACUGAACAUGAUAUUGAGAAUGUUUGUUUUAUUUGUGAUUUGUAAAAGUGGGAAUUUGAAAAAAAUGGAGUCAAUUUUGCAUCGCAUUGUGCUUCAACACAUAAUGUGUGGAAUUAUGUCAAUUUUUUGGUUUAUUUAAGUGUUCUAGGAAGAGAAAAUGCAAAUGGACUUGAAACUUAUGUAAUGAAUUUAAAUUUUUAAGUCUUAUCUUGUAUUUUAAAUUGA